AUGCUUUGAGGGAAUACGCCUACGACGCCGAAAUUGCGGGCAUAAGUUACAACAUAUAUGAUAAAGUUGAUGGCAUUUCCGUCUCUGUUAGAGGAUAUAACGAUAAAAUCCCGAUAUUAUUGGAAAAAAUACUUCUAUACAUGAAGAAUUUUACGGGCGAUCCCAAUAGGUUUACUGUUAUUAAAGAAAGACUUGAAAGAAAUUAUCGGAAUUCAUUAUUAGGGGCGCCAUAUAUUCGCGCCUCAUAUCACCAUUCUUGUGUGUUUCUUAAUAAGAUGUGGACUGAUAGAGAAAAGUUAGGGGUUUUAGAAGAUAUUACGCUUAAUGAUGUCCAAUUAUUUUAUACGGAAUUGCUUGCCCAUCUGCAGAUUGAGGCUUUAAUACACGGAAAUAUGUUAAAAGACGAAGCAUUGAGGUUAGCACAGAUGGUGGAAGAUAUCUUGAGACCUAAACCUCUUUCACCCUCGCUAAUUACCGGGCUUCGUGCAAUAAUUUUACCCGAGGGGAAAAAUUUUAUUUAUCAACAAGACGUGUACGACCAAAAUAAUAUUAAUUCGGCAAUAGAAUAUUACAUACAAGGCGGUGAUGUGAUGGACGUGAAUUUGAAGGCAAAGUUUAAUCUGAUAGCACAAAUCUCUCGCGAACCGUGUUUUGAUCAAAGAGAGGA